AAGUAUCAACCAAACUACAAAGCCAUCAGCAAGACCAUAGAGCACCAGAAGUCGCAUUCAUGCCAAAAAGGUUUCCAACCCCUGCCCUACAGGAACCACGCGACAUCAAAGACUGUCGCGACUCUCUUUAUACGGCUCUGGUGAUUUUGCACAUCAUCUCCCACCGCUUAUUCCUCCCAUUCAUGAGCAAAGUGGCAGAGUUUAAGAGCGACAGCCAUGGAUGACAAGGGCUUGGUGGGGAAGAUUAGCGUGUCGUCGGAUUCUGUGUCGACUCUCAACAGUGAGGACUUUGUCCUGGUGUCCCGACUGGGAGACGAGACUCCCUCGUCCACUAAUAAUGGUAGUGAUGACGAAAAGACGGGACUGAAGGUGAUUUCAGAGGAAGGGGUCAGCUUUAAGAUUGUGGGAAAUGGCAGUGAGCAGCAACUCCAAAGAGAGCUAGAGGACGUCCUCAUGGACCCGUCUUUGGCCGAUGCCAAGCCGGGACCGUCGACAGGCACCGAGAAUUCGGACGUCCCGCUCGCCGCACCAUCACCUGCGGCAACAGGCACUGACCCUCUCAGUGCGGCUUCACCCAAGGUGGAAAUGGUACUUCCCGUUCAGACGGCUCAAGAGAGUGAGCUGAAUGAGCGAUCGUAUCGUGGAGACGACUCCUCAUCAGACGGUAGUCCUGGCAGUCCCAUCCCAGAUGAGGACAGUGUAGUAUUCAGCCAGCUGACGUAUCUCGGGUGCGCCUCGGUCAAUGCCCCUCGCAGUGAAGUGGAGGCACUCCGUAUGAUGAGCAUCCUCAGGGGGCAGUGCCAGGUACCCUUGGAUGUCACGCUGUCUGUGCCAGGCGUCUCCGAAGGCACUGUCAGGCUUUUGGAUCCCAACAACAGCACAGAGAUCGCCAACUAUCCCAUCUAUAAGAUUAUGUUUUGUGUGCGAGGCCACGACGGCACACCAGAGAGAGAUUGCUUCGCGUUCACAGAGAGCCACUACAAUGCAGAGAUCUUCAGGAUCCAUGUCUUUCGCUGCCAAAUCCAAGAGGCGGUGAGUAGGAUUCUGUACAGCUUUGCCACGGCAUUUCGGCGGUCAGCUAAGAAGUCGGCGGCAGCGGCGUCUCAGCAGCCGGCUCCACUCACGCCUGACAGUGACUUGUUUACCUUCACGGUCAGCCUUGAAAUCAAGGAAGAUGAUGGCAAAGGCACUUUCAGUGCCGUCGCGAAAGAUAAGGACAAGCAGAGCUUCAAACUGCGUGCUGGAAUGGGCAAAAAAAUUGUCAUUUAUGUCCAGCAGACAUCCAACAAGGAACUGGCUAUUGAGCGGUGUUUUGGACUUCUGCUUAGCCCUGGUAAGAACGUCAAGAACAGUGACAUGCACCUUCUCGACUUGGAGUCAAUGGGAAAAAGCUCAGAUGGGAAGUCUUACAUCAUCACGGGAAGUUGGAACCCUAGUACGCCCCAGUUCCAGGCGGUGAAUGAGGAAACGCCCAAAGAUAAAUUCAUGUACAUGACAACGGCGGUGGACCUCGUCAUAACAGAAGUAGAGGAGCCAGUGCGUUUCCUUCUGGAGACAAGGGUACGGGUGUGCUCACCCAACGAUCGUCUCUUCUGGCCCUUCAGCAAGCGCAACCACACCGAGACCUUCUAUCUUAAACUGCGACAGAUGGAAAGGAAGGAGCGGAAGAGUCCGUCCUCGGACUCCCUUUACCAGGUGGUGAGUUUGGAAAGUGAGACAGAGAGAGAGAAACGGAAGACCACAGCGAGUCCUGGCAUCCUUCCAGGUGGACCUGGAUCUACGGUCCCUUCUCCACCUGAGGAUGAUGAAGAGGAAGACAAUGAUGAGCCAUUACUCAGUGGUUCUGGUGACGUUUCCAAAGAGUGUGCAGAGAAGAUCCUGGAAACUUGGGGGGAUUUGUUAUCUAAAUGGCAUAUGAACCUUUCCGUACGUCCUAGGCAGCUUCCAGCGCUGGUGCGAAGCGGCAUUCCCGAAGCGCUCCGUGGGGAGGUGUGGCAGCUCUUGUCUGGUUGCCACAACAAUGACCACCAGGUAGAGGAGUACCGCACGCUUAUCACAAAGGAAUCCCCGCAGGACAGUGCGAUCACUCGGGACAUUAACAGAACAUUCCCAGCUCAUGACUACUUCAAAGACACUGGAGGAGAUGGGCAAGAUUCCCUUUACAAGAUCUGCAAGGCAUAUUCUGUGUAUGAUGAAGAGAUUGGCUACUGCCAGGGACAAUCCUUCUUGGCUGCUGUGCUACUGUUGCACAUGCCAGAGGAGCAAGCCUUCAGCGUGUUGGUAAAGAUCAUGUUUGACUACGGCCUCAGGGAUCUGUUCAAGCAGAACUUUGAAGAUCUGCAUUGCAAGUUUUUCCAGCUGGAGAGACUCAUGCAGGAAUAUAUUCCAGAUUUGUAUAACCAUUUCCUGAACGUGGGUCUGGAGGCUCACAUGUAUGCCUCCCAAUGGUUCCUCACCCUCUUUACAGCCAAGUUCCCUCUUUACAUGGUCUUCCAUAUCAUUGACUUGCUACUGUGUGAGGGCAUCAGUGUAAUCUUCAAUGUGGCGCUGGCACUUCUCAAGACAUCAAAAGAUGAUCUGAUCCAAACAGACUUUGAGGGCGCCUUAAAAUUUUUCCGUGUUCCGGUUCCCAAAAGAUAUCGCUCGGAGGAAAAUGCCAAGAAACUGAUGGAGCUGGCUUGUAGCAUGAAGAUCAGCCAGAAGAAGCUGAAGAAGUUUGAGAAGGAGUACCACACCAUUAGGGAGCAGCAGGAGCAGCAAGAGGCGCCUAUUGAGAGAUAUGAGAGGGAGAACCGUCGUUUGCAGGAGGCCAACAUGCGCUUGGAACAAGAGAAUGACGACCUGGCGCACGAGCUGGUCAGCAGCAAGAUUGCCCUACGCAAAGACCUUGAUAACGCCGAGGAGAAAGCUGACGCCUUGAACAAGGAGCUGCUGCUGACCAAACAGAAACUGGUCGACUCUGAGGAUGAGAAGAGACGACUGGAAGAAGAGUCGGCGCAGCUUAAGGAGAUGUGCAGACGAGAACUCGACAAGUCAGAAUCCGAGAUUAAGAAGAACGGCUCCAUUAUUGGGGAAUAUAAGCAGAUCUGCUCCCAGCUGAGCGAGCGGUUGGAGAAGCAGCAGUCAGCCAAUCGAGGAGAGCUGGAGAAAAUCAGAGUGAAAGUGGAGGGCUGUGACAAAUGCAGUAGCCUUUUCAACAAGGAAGGUCGCGUUCGGGCGGCCGUGUCGGCGGCGGCGCCACCCGGAGGCAGUGAGGAGACAGAUGAGGAGAAAGAAGCUUUGAAGAACCAGCUGAGGGAGAUGGAGUUGGAACUGGCUCAGACUAAAUUGCAGCUGGUGGAGGCCGAGUGCAAGAUCCAGGACCUGGAGCACCACCUCGGGCUGGCCCUCAACGAGGUGCAGGCGGCCAAGAAGACCUGGUUCAACCGAACCCUCAGCUCCAUCAAAACGGUCACCGGCGCUCAAGGCAAGGAGAGCGCCUAACCGUGUCAUUUGAUAGACACUCCUCACCCCUCCUUGCCUAAUAUGACUACAACCAAGCGCACUGACAGAAGGGCCUUAAAAAACAAAACAAAACAAAAAACUUUGUUGCCACGCCCCCAAACGCUGUUGGGUUCGUGUCCUUGUUACUGCUGAAAUGAACCAACAAGAAGAAGGUUGGACCUAACUGUAACCAUGGUAACGUGACAGACGCACACGCGCCCUCCUUCUUCCGUAAGAAAAAAAAAAACAACUACUGGCACAAACUAAAAGACAAUUUUGGGUACGAAACCUAAUUUUAUUUUUUCUUUUUGUAAUGUACGACUUUCAUUUUUCUAUGGAUGUUCCUGAAUGCGCUUAUAUAACGAGUGCCCCUGCGUGAAUGUUUAAAUAACGGAGUGAUUCAAAGUACGUUGUGUGGAAAAUACAAAGAGAAAAGGCACUAAUGCAUGCAUGGACGGUAGGACCUAUUCAAUGUUUCAUGUUGGGAAGUACAUAUGCGUGCGAAUGACGUCACGGAGAAGACAGAUUUUUAUUGUGAAAGAUAAAAAUGUAGCGGGAACACGAAAAAGCUAGCUUUUUGUUUGCAUUUGUUUGUACACCCCUCACCCAAGGUCACCUGGGAUACACCCCGCCCUCAUCCUAAUAAGGUGGCUCUAUAUAUAAAAUGGAUGGAUGCAUAAAGGACGUGUUUUAAUUAUCCUUCUUGGCUCAGCAUUUUUCCAAAUGUCAGGAUAUCCCGUAAUAAUCAUUGGAUUUAUGUGCGCUCCAUUCAUACAUUAAAUGUCACCCCACUACCAAGGAGCCUUUUUCGUUAGGUGGAAAAGUUUCCAAGCACACUUUUAGUUCUUCAAGUGGCACCGCUGCAAAUGUCAAGCACCUUAACCUUCGUGAAAGGGAAACCGGAUGCUUGGAUGUUUGCUUUGGGUUCCUCAUGCACUUCGGGACACCUCGUGUGUGGUGAGAAAGUUCGUUGAAGUCUCAUCUUCCCUACUCACACCAACUGCUGUCUGACCUCUUAUCUUGGUAGAUACAGUGCUAGCCAAAAGUAUUGGCAUCACUGCAAUUCUGUCAGAUAAUGCUCAAUUUCUCCCAGAAAAUGAUCGCAAUUACAAAUUCUUUGGUAGUAAUACCUUCAUUUUUUUUUUUACUUGCAAUGAAAAAACACAAAAGAGAAUGAAGAAAAAAAUGAAAUCAUGAUCAUUUUACACUAAAUUCCAAAAAUGGGGCGGACAAACGUAUUGGCACCCUUUGGGAAAUCAUGUAAUUCUUCUCCAAGUCGUGUGAUUUACAGCACCUGUUACUUAAUAGUGGCACAUACAGUAACAGGUGGUGGCAAUAACCAAAUCACAGGUGCAGCCAGUUAAAAUGGAUUAAAAUUGACUCAACCUCUGACCUGUGUCCUUGUGUGUGCCACAUUAAGCAUAGUGAAAAGACCACCAAAGGCUCGUCUGAGGAACUGAGAAGCAAAAUUGUGAGGACGCAUGAGUUUUUAACUUUUUAAUUUUUUUCCCAUUCUCAGUGUUUUUUCAUUGCAAGCAAAAUAAAUGACGAUAUUAUUACUACCAAUUGCAAUAAUUUAGGGCUGUCAAAAUUAUCGCAUUAACGGGCGGUAAUUAAAAAAAAAAAAAAAAAAAAUCACGUUAAAAUAUUUGACGCAAUUAACGCACAUGCCCCGCUCAAACAGAUUAAAAUGACAGCAGUGUCAUGUCUACUUGUUACUUGUGUUUUUUGUCUCCCUCUGCUGGCGCUUGGGUGCAACUGAUUUUAUGCACCAUGAGCAUUGUGUAAUUAUUGACAUCAACAAUAAUGUGGCGAGCUACUAGUUUGUUUUUUGAUUGAAAAAUUUAACAAAUUUUAUUAAAACGAAAACAUUAAGAGGGGUUUUAAUAUAAUAUUUCUAUAACUUGUACUAACAUUUAUCUUUUCAGAACUACAAAUCUUUCUAUCCAUGGAUCGCUUUAACAGAAUGUUAUCUUAUUAUUGUUAUAAUAAACAAAUACAGCACUUAUGUACAGUAUGUUUAAUGUAUAUAUCCGUCUUGUGUCUUAUCUUUCCAUUCCAACAAUAAUUUGCAGAAAAAUAUAGCAUAUUUUAUAGAUGGUUUGAAUUGCGAUUAAUUACGAUUAAUUCAUUUUUAAGCUGUGAUUAACUCGAUUAAAAAUUGUAAUCGUUUGACAGCCCUACAAUAAUUUUCUUGGAGGAACUGAGCAUUGUCUGACAGAAUUGGAGGGGUGCCAAUACUUUUGGCCAACACUGUAUAUGGCUGCUGAUUGGACGAUGGCUCUUCUCUUCACACUCGCGAAAGCAUCGCUUCCCCUCAAAAAAGCAUUUAGUGACGAUUUUUGCUCGUCUGCAGUUCCCGCCUCUUUCUUCUGAUUGGCUCAGUCAUCAGAUGGCCGUGAAGUGGUUCUGGCACUUUUAGGUUGGCAAGACGGUAAUGUAUGAUGAAUGAAUGAAUCAGAAUGGUCACACUUUUUUGCAAGUCUAUGUUUGUGGAGAAAAUCAGGCAAUUAUAUUGCGACUAAUGAACUGGGGGUGGGGUCGUCUUCAGUUUAUGCCUGCAAUGACAUUUUGAGGUUCCACUUAAUUGUUUUGUUUUAUUUUUACCUGAUUUUUAUAUUUAUGUGCAGUUAGUGGCCAUUGUCGCACAUGUAUUUAUGUAAGUUGCCGUAAACUAAGCCUGAAUCGCGUAGAAAGAUAGACAGGGUUUCCCCACAGGGUUUUGCUGUGCUUCAUUAUUAUAAAUCUAACUAGCGAAAAACACAUUUUGCUGUUUUGUUCACAAUGGAAAAGUAAUCUUUGCCAACAUAUUAAUCGAAUUUUCUUCUUAUGCUGGAAUGUCAAUUUCACCAGACAUGACUUUUUUUUUUUUCCUGUAAGAAAUAAUGGAAAUAAUCCAUUUCCGUUAUUUGUAAGCAUUCUUAUCAUCACAACUUAUACUGUAUGUUGGUAUUAGAAUAUUAAAACCGUACUGCCCUACCAUGAAAGCCGUUCCAAUGUCUGAGGUUCUAUUCCUACCUUUUUUUCUCCUCUAUACUCUGUGAAUUUUUAUUACAACUUAUAUAAUUGGGAAACAUGGUCAUGGAGGACCAUUUGCAAGUGUGUUCUAUAGGUCUGGUCCACGCAAGUGUCAUUUUUCUUUUUUUUUUGUUCCCCGUGCAUUAAACCAAACACCUUCAAAUGUUACUUUCACUUUCAGAAAAUUUGAAGCGCGGAAUCUUGAAAACUGAAAAUUGGUCAUCGUUUGACCGGAAGAUACGAAGGUGUGAGAGCUGUAGAACGGGAAGUCUCUCCAAAUGUGAUAAGGAAAUAUAUGUAAGUGGGCCUGUUGUUUUAAUGAUGAAUGAUUCGCAAGUGUAAAUUGUAUCUUGAGCUGGUUCAGGUCCGACUGCAUCAAGACAAACCACCCUCUUGGCAGCCUGACACUGGCUUGUGAAUAUUAUAAAUAUAUAAAUGUAAAUGACUACAAUGUUUUUUUGUUUUUUUUUACUCUGUUAGUCAACCUAACGUUGCCUACCUGCUGUCAUUGAAUAAUCCACCCGAGUGUGUUUGACUGCUGAUGAAAUGACGAUGCCAAAACGUAACUAUCAUACAACAACCGACAUUCAUAACCGUGUGGACUUUGUAUUAGUGUAGGAUGCAUUGUGAUGACUUUACAGGCUUCAUUAUAUACAUGAACACACUACCCUUAAUUGUCUAUGCUUCCGGUCGUUUGUGUGCACGUUCAUCACUCAGCCUCGAUUUGCUCUUUAUCAGAGAAAAAAAAAAAAAGCACUGUUGGAUGAUGAGUGACCAUCACUGUAAAUAACACUAUUGUUUUUAUUAAACCAGUGAAUAAAUAUUUCAAAAAUACUU